AUAAUUUUAUCCAAUGAGAAAACUCGUAAUAACUGCUUAGUGUUGACUAAAAGUCAUAGGUCAAAUUGCUGUCAACAGAACAGUUAUGGCAGAAAAAAUCAAACCUAAAGGUCACAGCGGACAAAAAUUUCGCAAACGAGGAACUUAAUUAAAUGAAGUUAGCAAAGCAGUUUUAGAAGAAGAAAAAAUCGGACAGAACUAAAGGACAUAAAUAAAAGCUGUGAUGGAUGAAGAACUUGUGAACUGGAGCUGUAGAACCUGUACCUUUAUCAAUUCCUUCGCCCAAAAUGUCUGUGAAAUGUGUCAAACUAAAAUGCCUGACAUACCUGAAAAUGUGCCCAAAGUUUUUAAAACUAGUGAGUUCAACUCCUCUAACCAUUUACCUAGAGUUUUUAAAGGUGUUGACCCAAGGUCAAGCUCACCAGAAAUACCUCCAAAAGUGUUUAAAGGUGUUAAAAUUGAGGGAAAUAAAGCACCAGGUGUAGAUGUAAUUGAUGGAGUUGGAGCAGUUGAGACUGCUAAGGCAGAUGAUAAGAAAAUAACUAAUGGUAAUUCAGAAUCUGGUGCAAGCAAAAGUAAAGACGCAAAUUCAAAAGAAGCAGUAAAAGAAAAGAAACCUGUAGGAAAAGUUACUGAUAAUGCUGGAGGAGCUAAGAAAAAGACAAGCCCUGGAACAUCAGCAGUUAAAGGAAGAGCUGCAGGAGAUACUAGUAAAGAAAGUAAAGGCAAAGAGAUUAAUAGUGAUAAACUGAAGAAAGUGAAUAAGGUUGUGACUCCUCCAAGUAAAUCUGAACUUCCGAAAGUUGCAAAGAGCACUCCUGGUAAACAUAAAGCAGGUGAGAGUCCACCUAUAGUUGAAGAUGACUAUAAAUGGGUUUGUCCAAAUUCUACCUGUAAUGUACACAAUGAUGUGUACUUUGACAGUUGUAUAUGCUGUCAUACAAAUAAAACAGCAAAUGUGAUAAUGAUUAAACAAGAUAAAUCAGAGAAGCGAGUCAAACCAAAUGAGCCUGUUAAAACUGGUAAAGACAAAGUUGAUAUAAAAAGUAAUGGAAGUGACAAGAAAGGAAACAGUGAAACUGAUCUUAAACAAGAUACAAAAGUUGAUGAUAACAAAGGGGCUUUAAAAGAAGAGGAAGAAAAUUGGUCAUGUAAAAGAUGUACUUUUAAAAAUUCAAAAGCUGCUCUGAAAUGUAAAAUGUGUGAAGCUCCAAAAAAAUCAAAUAUUCCAAGUCCAGAUGAAAUUCCAACUGAUAUUGAUUACUCCAAAUUCCCCCCUUCAACUUCACCAGUUUCUCCAAAUAAGGAAAAAACUGACAGGCGCAAUAUUGUGAAUUUGAAUAGUGAAGAAGCUGGAGGUGCUAGACCCAAAGUAGUGAAUGGUGCAAAAACAGGGGAAAAUGUUGAUCUAGAUACAGAGGAAUGGAAAUGUGAUAAAUGUACAUUUUCUUGUAAUCCUUCAUUUAGUGAAAGAUGUACAAAAUGUGAAAAGGGACUUAGACCAUCUAAAUAUAAGAAGAGUUCCCCUAAAACUAUUGACAGUGACAAGCCACCUAAAGACCCUCCUAAAGUCCCAGAAAGACUUAAAACCAAUGGCAAAGGCAUAAAAGAAAAUGGUAAACCAACUAUCCCCAGCAGAGCUCCAGUUGCUGGAAAAAAGCCUGUUGCAAAACCAACAAAUACCAAAACUGUAAUUCCACCUCCUAAGCCAUCAACCUCUGGUGUGCAAAAACAAUCCCCUGAUAAGAUUGAGAAAAAUGCGGAGGAGAGCAAAAAUUGGAAAUGCUCCAAAUGUACCUUUGAAAAUCCAAGCUCACAGCUGGUUUGUAAAAUGUGUGACCUCAGUAAAAGUAUAAAAAUAAAGGAAGGUGACUGGGUUUGUUUGACUUGUACUCUUAUAAAUGCUGUGUCAGAAACUUCAUGUACAGCAUGUGGUACGAAAAAGGACUUAAAACCUGCAGUAACUGGUGACAAUAAGAAACCUGAAGACAAAGAAACAGGUAAAAGUGCUAAUGCUGGUAAGGCAGCAAAUGUUGGAAAAGAUUCUAAAGAUAAUAAAGAAGUGAUUGAGGUAGAUACACCAGAAACAAAUGUGAAAGAGAAAAGAAUUGUUAAAAAAGGAGCUAGUAAAGAGCAAGUUAAUCAGCAAAAAGGAAAAGAUAAAGUCCCAAAGAAAACUGAUAAAAUGACAGGAAAGCAGUGUUCAGUCUGCACUGUUAUGAACUCUAAAUCUACAGGAGAGUGUAAAGUGUGUGGUUACGAUCUAGAAAUAGGUAAAGGGGACACGACUGAGUCAUUGUGCGGGACGAUAAGACCGAGACAUACUUUACAGCGCCAGCAGUCCGUCUCUUUCAUUGAGCUGAGGGAUAUUGAGGACCAAGAGGCCUUAGAGCUGUGGCAAAACAUACGAUUCUUCUGUAAACAGAAUAAAGAAAAGUUUGUUGAUGAUUCAUUUCCACCAGUCGACAAAUCUUUGUAUAAAGACCCUAGUAGUUCGUUAGCUCGCCAUUUAGUUCAGUGGUUACGCUGUGAUAAGAUUCAGUCGCAUCGCUCUGAAGACAAGGUGCCGUGGGUUGUUUAUAGAACGCCAAUGCCAGAUGACAUAUCACAGGGAGAAUUAGGGAAUUGUUGUAAAUAUUGUAAUUUUGAGUUUUUAAGUGCUCUAGCUGUAUUGGCCGAGCAGCCUGAACUGAUCAAGAAAAUCAUCCCGACGAAGGAUUAUUGUCCGGAAGGUGUAUAUCAGGUGCGGUUAUGUAAGGACGGCGUGUGGCAGAUAGUCUUAAUAGACGAUGUCUUACCAUGUAAUGAAAAUGGAAGGCUGAUAUUUUCUCAGAAUAAAGAAAAGUUUGUUGAUGAUUCAUUUCCACCGGUCGACAAAUCUUUGUAUAAAGACCCUAGUAGUUCGUUAGCUCGUCAUUUAGUUCAGUGGUUACGCUGUGAUAAGAUUCAGUCGCAUCGCUCUGAAGACAAGGUGCCGUGGGUUGUUUAUAGAACGCCAAUGCCAGAUGACAUAUCACAGGGAGAAUUAGGGAAUUGUUGGUUUUUAAGUGCUCUAGCUGUAUUGGCCGAGCAGCCUGAACUGAUCAAGAAAAUCAUCCCAACGAAGGAUUACUGUCCAGAAGGCGUAUAUCAGGUGCGGUUAUGUAAGGACGGCGUGUGGCAGAUAGUUCUUAUAGACGAUGUAUUACCAUGUAAUGAAAAUGGACGGCUGAUAUUUUCUCAGGCCAAGAGGAAGCAGCUAUGGGUAGAAAUUUCCAGGUUGCUACGAUUACGAAAUCCAUGGGGGCGUUAUUCUUGGAAAGGUGACUGGAGUGAUGACAGUGAUAUGUGGAAGAAAAUUUCACCGCGCCACAAACAAGAGCUGAUGCCUCAUGGGAGUGGUCUCGGAGUGUUCUGGAUCUCUUUGUCUGAUCUCGUGAAGUACUUUGAUAGUGUUGACGUUUGUAAGGUACGACCAGAUUGGAGGGAGGCAAGGAUACGCGGUAAACUACCUCAUAACGGCAAGGACUCACCCAAGGUUGUGAAAGUUACGGUUUUCUAUACAACUGAAGUCGAAAUUGGUGUAUUUCAAGAAGGUGUUAGGGGAACUGAUGACUCAAAGAAUGUUUUAGAUCUAUGUGUGUUAGUGUUUAGAGAGUCUACGUCUGAUAAUACAGCAUUUGGUCGUCUGAUUGCCUGCAGCAGACGACAGUUAAAGAGCUUUGUUGGUUUGGUCAAAUUAAUAUUUACAGUGAAUGUAACAGUGGCAGAGAAAGAUUUUGUUUUAUCAAUACACAGUUCUAAAGCUGUAAUGGUUGACGAGAUAGACACAACUGUCAGUAAAUAUAGACAUGCUUUCGCUGAUGCUGUUGUACAGCUUGCUGUUGAUAAGGGCAACAGAGAGGAGAUCAGAGAAGGUGUAACUUGCUAUACUUUAAUGCACGGCUGGUGUGGUGGAUUGUUUGUCAUAGAGAACCGGUUACCCUCACAUAGUGUACAUAUAAAAUGUGAUUGUAGUGACUCAUCUAACCUUGUGUCCACCAGAGGAGCCCUCGUAACCAAAGAUAGUAUACCUCCACUUCACAGACAAGUUAUCAUGGUAUUAUCGCAAUUAGAGAGAAUGUCACCGUACCAUCUGUCUAGACGUCUACUCAACCGACCUUACAACGGAGUCGGUCUCGGAGACUGGGCGCCACCUGGUAUACACCAUGAACCAACACUGGAUUUAAACAUUGCUGGACUUCACAUGCCUCUACAUAUAUGAUAGAUUUAAAGAAAUUCUAUAAAUUGAUACACAGUCUCUUUAACUGACCCUCGUUUUGUUUUGUUGCCAGAUAAUUUUGAUACUCUCGUCACGGUCUCAGAAUCUUAAAUUUGAUACUUUGAGACCUGGACUUUUAACAGUCAGAUUAGCAACUGAUAUAAGUAAAUUGUUAUGUAAGAAACAAGGUGUUUCUUUAGUUUAUAAUAGAAUUUUUAAUGUUUAUAUGGUAAUUAAUUGAAGAGAUUGUUACUAUAGAUUCAAACAUUACUUUUACAUGUCAAUUACUAGUCUUGAUUAUUGGACUAUAAUAAAUAUCACAAGAUGAAAUGUGCAUUCUUAUACUAUUUUCGAUUUUAAGAUGGGCACAUAGAUUAAUACAAUUUUGGAAGGAUUAUAUUUGGUGGCAUACAACCUGUGCUAUUUUUAGCAUGAAGAUAUAGUUGUAGUGUAUUAUUUUAGUUAUACCACUUAUUUUUAUUUUCUUCUUUUCUCUAAUGAAUCAAUUGUUACUACAGCCUUACCUUUGGAGGAGGGUGGAAGAUAAGUAAGGAAUUGAGUGGGGUUUUUACCAUUCAUCUGUCCUCACACUGCCAGGUCAAUGUGAUGUUUUUGUUUUGGCACUAAAAAUGGAUACUCUGGAUAUAUCCAUGUGGCAUUGCUAGGCUUUAAACAUGAAUUAUACCAUCUAUAUAUUUCUAUAGAGUAGGCCCUUUACCAGGGUUUGAAAAAAAAUCUAAAUGCAAACAUUCCAAAUAUUUUUUGGGGGUGAAGAUGCUGUAGUUACAAUUGAGUAGUGCAUAACUGAAAAAAAACUAACAAAAAUUAGAAUUGUCAGUAUAAUUAUCUCUGUGAUAUUUCCCUGUAUUAUGUACAAAACUUACAUUAUAUUGUUGUUACUAUGGUUGUUGAAUCAUAAUUCUUCCCCUUUGCUCAAAUUUACUUCAUCUAAGAUCAUCAUCUAGACUUAAUUAGGUCUCAUCUUCAUGAAAUAUUGUAAUUUUAUUGUGUCAUUAUGUUUAUAUUGUAUUCUAAUGCUAACACAAGACUUUAUUAAAUUUUAUACACUCAAAGUUCAGGAUUUUUCUUUGGGUAGAAUAUGUUAUAUCUUUGUUAAUGAAUAUCGAUUUUCUGGCAAGUUUGUUGAGGUAUUGAUAGUACCAAAAUACAUAUAGUUGAAAAAGAUUUUGAGUAUUUAAUACUCAUAUUUAAUUCUGUUUUUUUUUGCUUUGUUUUGAAACCCUGUUAACUGCCUUGAAGACUGAUACUCUGUGUGCCUGCAAGAAGGAAAUAUUCAGUAGAAGCUACCUGUCUUUUGUGUUUGAAAAAGUUCAUUGAUUUAUUGUGAUUUUUCGGAUAUUUUUAUAAGCUGAUAAAAAAUCAUUUCAGUAUUAAAUUUGUUCGUUUUUCUUCCCAAGAAAAAUACAUGUUUUGCAUAGUGACUAAAAACAUAUCUUUUCAAAAGCAAAUUUCUUUGAUUUUUAGACAUUAUCUCAGUAAGGUACAUUGUAAUGAUGGGAUAAAACAUUUAGUGGUGAAGGAUUUAAUAUAUUGAAGACAAGCAGUAUGUUAUAACUUGGAUUAUUCCAAUUAUCUGCAUUCCGAGUCGCUCAGUUCUAGCCCUCCGAUCUAGAAAUCCCUUAUAUUUAAAAUGGACUGUUCCAAAUUCAUAGGAGGGCAAUUUCAUAACUCUAAUUUGGUGGACAAUCACAUGAAGGAGAAACAUGUUAUAUCACCAAGACUUGAUCAGGUAGUAGAUUUAACAUGUUAUAUCACCAAGACUUGGUCAGGUAGUAGAUUUAACAGGUUAUAUCACCCAAGACUUUAUCAGGGGGUAGGGUUAAACAUGUUAUAUCACCCAAGACUUGAUCAGGGGGGUAGGGUUAAACAUGUUAUAUCACCAAGACUUGGUUAGGGGGUAGAUUUAAACAAGUUAUAUCACCAAGGCUUGGUCAGGUGGUAGGUUUUAACAUGUAAUAUCACCAAGAUUUGGAUAGGUGGUAGGUUUAAACAUGUUACAUCUCAAAGACUUGGUCAGGUGGUAGGUUUAAAUUUGUUAUAUCACCAAGACUUGGCCACAUGGUACUGGUGAUAGAUUUAAACAUGUUAUAUCACAAACAACCAAAUUCAAUUGGCUGAUUAAAAAAAAGCUACCUCAACAUUUGUGAUCACAUGGGCAGCUAAAUGUUUACAGACGAAGAUCUGUUGCUUUUUAUUUCAACGAAAUCAUUUUCUCAUAGGUAUAUAAUAUACUGACUAAAAGAGCCAGUUUUUGGGAGCAAGAUACAAACGUAAAAGAAAUUUAAAGAAUUAUGAUUUAUUGUAUCUUAAUGAUUUGUUCCGGAACAUUUUAUUCUGUUUACACAACAUUAAUGUGUGUUAAAUAAUUAUAGUUUGCAAAAACUAAAAAUUAAAUCCAUAUGCUACUUUGUACAAAACUGCUUUAUUUAUUGUGUUACAACAGUUAUACACCACAGUUUUGGCACCCUAAACUUCUAUUUAUAUAAACAAUGUUAUAAUAUCUUAUAUCAAAUUCUUUAGUCUUUGUUUGUGCCAAUUUUUUAACCAGUAACCCUGCUAAGUUUUUGAAAUGGAUUUGUCCAGCUUCCAUUUUUCAGAUGGAUAUGCCAUGCUUCCUUUUUUGGAAUUGUCUGUUAUCUGUUUUAAAGAUAAUCAAGCUGUAUAGGCCUAUAUCAAGUUAGUCAGCCAACAGUAUAGAGUAUGUUCAGACUGCACAGAUGUUCGGGCUAGCCUGGCUCUAUACAGGUGACACAGUGUCGCCUUAGUGUAGCAACAGGUUAACUCCUUUCAUAAUUUGAUAGGAGUUAACAGUUACUGCACUAAGGUGACAUAGGUUUAAUCACAUCUGGCUCAAGCAGGUAAAUGGUUAACUGUACAGGUAUAUAUGUAAACUACUGGCGAGUUUAUAUAACAAUAUCACUUUUUUGGUUAUUUAAAUAUUACUGCUGUUCUUUAAUUUUUGUUUUAUAAUAAAAAGAUAUUUGCUCUA